AUGUCUAAUCGGGCAUGUGAGCAGGAACUUUUAACUGCAGUUGAGGAAGCAGAUGUAGAGGCAGUGACGGAGCUGCUCCAACAGGGAGUGGAUGUCAACUUUGGCUGGUUUCAAAACACGCCACUUCACGAAGCAGGUAAAAGAGGACAUGUUGGUGUUGCUGAACUCCUCCUGAAGGCUGGAGCACAGGUGGACAGCAAAGAUGGGCUUGAAAACACGCCACUUCAUAACGCAGCUUUAGGAGGACAUGUCGGUGUUGCCGAACUCCUAUUCACGAUUGGAGCACAGGUGGACAGUAGGGAUCGGGUACGUUUCGGAAACUCGCCACUUCAUUGUGCAGCUUCAGGAGGACAUGUUGGUGUUGCUGAACUCCUCCUGAAGGCUGGAGCACAGGUGGACAUUAGGAAUGAGUUUGGAAAUACGCCGCUCCACAAAUCAGCUGAAGAAGGGGUUGUUGGUGUUGCUGAACUCCUCCUGAAGGCUGGAGCACAGGUGGACAGUAGGGGUGACUUUGAAAACACGCCACUUCACUAUGCAACUGAAGGAGGACAUGUCGGUGUUGCUAAACUCCUUCUGAAGCAUGGAGCACAGGUGGUCAGUAGGAAUAAGAUGUCAAGGGAAGCUGAAGGCGAUUUUGAAGGUGUUGAGAAGUACUUCCAUUCCACAAAGGAAGAAGUUAGCACAGGCUGGAUGGAUUUAUCCUUCCAUCUUGGAUUUAAAGGCAACGACAUCGCAAACAUCGCCGGCCGAAACCGCGACGACAAGUCCCGCUGUAUGGACAUGCUGCAGGAAUGGAAGAAGAAGAAGGGAGACGCCGCUACCAAAGAGGUCCUGAUGGAGGCUCUGUCAGAGGCAGAGUUACAGAGCGUAGUUGAUGGUCUGAAGAACAAAUUCCCAGAUAUCGUUAUACCAAAACAAGGAGAAAAGGAGUGA